CCUGCGCACUGCUAAACAAUGAUUUCAAUUCAUGAAUGAUCAAACCAUGAACUUGAUAUAUAGGACCAUGGAAACAUUGAAUGGUAUGUAUUGAAUUGAAAAAAAUAUUAAAUAGAUAAAAACAUCUUGGGUCUAAGAUGGGACCCGGAGGCCACAACUUGGUACGACGAGUAUUCCCACGCCCUUAUCGCAACUUAAACUGGUCAACCAGACGGAGUUUCCAUGUCCAUCAAGGUAAGUAUAAGGAGAAGCAUCACCUGGACCCACGGUUUGGAAAGUUUGGGCGAAUAAUUGAGGAUGAAUACGCGGUGAUUCGGGAUGAAUACGCCACGCCUAAAAACCCCAUUGUGCUAGCCCAUGGACUCAUGGGAUUCGAUGAAUUACGUCUCGCGGGUCCUUAUCUCCCCGGAGUCCAGUACUGGCGCGGCAUCAAGGAGGCAUUGUCUCUCAAGGGGGUGGAUGUCAUCACCGCGACGGUGCCGCCGUUGGCUUCGAUAGAGGCGCGGGCAGAAGAGUUACGGCGGGCUAUUACCGUUGGUGCCAAGGGGAGGGGCGUGAAUAUUAUUGCUCAUAGCAUGAGAGGACUUGAUUCCCGAUACAUGAUCAGCAGGCUUCAACCUAAAGAGUUCGAUGUUCUCUCCUUGACUACAAUCGCAACACCACAUCGAGGCUCAGCAGUCGCAGAUUAUGUCCUCGAUCAGAUAGGCGUCGAACGUCUACCGCAAAUUUACUACGCUCUUAACCGACUUAAAGUUGAGACUGGGGCUUUUGAACAGCUCACCUGCAAAUACAUGCAGGAAACGUUCAACCCUACUGUCCCUGACCUAGAGAACGUCAGGUAUUUCUCCUAUGGAGCGAUGGCGCAGCCGCACUUCUGGUCCGUUUUCCGCCUCUCACACCGGAUCCUUCAACAAACCGAAGGGCCAAACGAUGGCCUCGUCAGUGUGUCGAGUAGUCGAUGGGGAGGCGAGCAGGGGUACAAAGGGACCCUAGUGGGAGUCAGCCACUUGGAUCUUAUAAAUUGGACCAACAGGUUGAAAUGGCUUGCUGGGGAACUAACAGGCAACAGGCGAAAGUUUAAUGCUAUUGCCUUUUACCUGGACAUAGCCGAUAUGCUAGCCAAGGAAGGCCUUUGAUCUUCCACCGUCUUGGAAGAUCGAAGGAUUAUUGAUUGAUGCCUAGAGGGACACGCAAUCAAAUGUCAGUACUGUGAUACCCGUCAGAAUCGUGUAUGGAUAGUGAAGCACCGGUCACAAAUAAUGUGAUAUCUCCUCAGCUAUUGCAGGCAGAACCCAAACUCGAAGGGGGGGCUAUGAUGACUGUGGCGGUGCUAGUUAUCAUUGGCGUGUUUCGACUUUUGGCUAUUUGAGUCUCACUCUCAACUUUCAAGUCUCGAUCGUCGUGGGCAUCCCGAAUGUGGCGCUGCAGCCAUGCCGAGAAACCGAUCUUACUCCGUAGUUCAUUAUUAGUAACUAGUAGUUGUAGUUAAUUGGUAGUUUAUAGUUAGUAGCCAGU